UCCUUGAGAAUCAAAACACAACACCAUUCUCCUCCUUCAAAGUUGAAUCCUUUUCAUCUUUGGGUUUUUUUAUCAGAACAGCAAUGCCGAACUGGGAACUCAAGAACUGUUGUGAUCACGACCAGAAGGUCUUCAUUGCUUGUGUUGCUGCCUUCACCGUAGUAAUCCUCCUGCUAUGGAGGACUUUUCUACUUACACCUUUUAAGCUCAUCACUGUGUUUCUGCAUGAAGCGAGUCAUGCAAUUGCUUGCAAGCUCACUUGUGGCAAGGUGGAGGGAAUCCAGGUUCAUGCAAAUGAGGGUGGGUUAACACAGACACGUGGUGGCCUAUACUGGGUGAUCUUGCCGGCUGGAUAUCUUGGUUCAUCAUUUUGGGGAAUGGCUUUGAUACUUGCUUCCACAAAUCUUAUCACGGCAAGAAUUGCUGCUGGUUGCUUCAUUGUUGCUCUUUUUGUUGUGCUCUUUAUUGCUAAAAAUUGGACACUCCGAGGACUCUGUAUUGGAUUUAUUGUUUUUAUUGCUGUAAUUUGGCUUCUACAAGAGAAAACAAAAGUCCAUAUCCUUCGCUAUGUCAUUCUGUUUAUUGGUGUGAUGAACAGUUUGUUUUCAGUUUAUGAUAUUUAUGACGAUUUAAUAUCUCGAAGAGUCAACUCCAGUGAUGCUGAGAAGUUUGCAGAAGUUUGCCCGUGCCCCUGUAAUGGUGUGGGAUGGGGAGUUAUUUGGGGAAUGAUUUCAUUUGCAUUUCUUGGCGGAUCUUUGUACCUUGGACUGGUCAUAUUAUCAUGAGGUUGAGAAAUUUGUAGCCAAGCUGUUCCAUGCUGCAUAGAGCUUGACUCUUUCUCUUUUUAUGCUUUGUAUAUUGAUUUUUAGUUCUAGAAAUUUUUUUCUACUGGGAGUUUGUUCCCUUAAUGUUACUCCCAUGGUUUCAUUCUUUGCAGCCUAUUUUGGUGCUUCCUAAUGUAUAUUUGAAAAUUUGAUAUCUAUAUCUC